GGUAAGAAUAGAGAGUGGGAAACGAAAAGGAAGGAAAGCGAGCAGGGCGUGGGCAGGCAUGUCGAAGAGACGGAAGGGCAUUGGCAGAGUAGAGAAGAUGAAUGCGGAAAGAGGGAGAAUGGAAGAAGGACCACCUUCCCCACUUCCCAUGGUCUCUGCUUUGAAGUGUCUAAUCGCCUCCAUGUCGGGGCCAUCCACGUGAGAAGGAAACGGAAUAGGAGAGAGGGGCAGACACGUGAGGGCAGAGAAGAGUUUUCCACGGAGCAUGGCCUCGGCCAAAGAGGAGAGCAUGGAUGAGCGACUGGCUCGCAUUAAACAAGAUGAUUGUGAGUGGGGCACACCGGUCGAUUUGCGCGUAAAGCUGGAAGACUGUGAAAAACAAAUUUCAGUCUUGAAGGAGGAGCAGUCGGAGGGGGAAAUUGUUCGGGUUACAGUGGAGGAUUCGGAACAUUUCUCCCUUAACCCCAAACUGCAAACGUGUGCAACUGGAAACGUUUUCAAGCAAGACGUUGGUGAGGAACCUCACUGCAGUUUACAGCCCCAGUUCAUGAACCCCGGACAACUGGCCACCCUGCAGAAUUCCGUGGAGGUGAAAUCCGAGUUUGAAGAGAAAGUCUGUGGAGAAGCCGAUGGGCCGCAGUCAUCUCUGAGAGCUGGAAUCGAUUUCAAAGAGAACGGCAGCUUCUCCCCAUCUUCGCUUCCUCAGCCCUCUCUUGAGUGCCGACUGCAACACAAACGGGACAAGGAAAAGAUGAAAAAAGCAACAAGAGGAUCAGAGAAUUUGACGGCAACCUCUUUCCAGUGCAACUCUCUUCCUGUGAGAGAAACCGUCAACCCUGACCAACAUCAUGGGUAUUACACGGAUUUCAAGUUGAUCCGAACAAAACCAAAGCCGUUUUGCUGUUCUGACUGUGGCAAAGAAUUCCUCCAUAAGAGCAGACUUGAGACACACGUCAGAAUUCAUACUGGAGAAAAACCUCAUUCCUGCUCCGUAUGUGGCAAACGAUUUUCCCAUAGCUGCAGUCUCCAAACACAUACUAGAAUCCACACUGGAGAAAAACCCUAUGGCUGUGUUGAUUGUGGGAAAAGAUUCAUUGAUAGUGGCCGUCUGCAGAACCACAGAAGAAUUCAUACUGGCGAAAAGCCAUAUUACUGUCCUGAAUGUGGCAAACGAUUCUCUAAACGUAGCUAUCUUCAGUGCCACACAAGAAUUCAUACUGGCGAGAAGCCGUAUGUCUGUUCUGAAUGUGGCAAACAGUUCAGUAUCUGUAGUAAUCUUCUGAGUCACAAAAGAAUUCAUACAGGAGAGAAGCCAUAUUGCUGUUCAGAGUGCGGAAAGCAGUUUACUGUCAGUAGCAAUCUUCAGCAGCACAUGAAAAUUCAUUCUGGAGGAGAAAUUAAUCCCAGAGAGAAGCUAUAUUGUUGUUCUGAAUGUGGAAAAAGAUUUUCUGGGGCUAGCGCUCUUAAGAGUCACAAAAGAAUUCAUACAGGAGAGAAGCCAUAUGGCUGUCCUGAAUGUGGCAAACGCUUCACCAGCAGUAGUAGCCUUUGGCAGCACACACGGAUUCAUACCGGAGAGAAGCCAUAUGGCUGUCCUGAGUGUGGCAGAAGAUUCACCCAAAGUGGCAAACUUCAGGCACACAUAAGAAUUCAUACCGGAGAAAAACCUCAUAGCUGCCCUGAAUGUGACAAGAGAUUUUCUGACAGCAGCAGCCUCCAAAGACAUAAAAGAACCCACACUCAACAAAAGCCCUAUGAUAGUUCUGAAUGUGAAAAAACAUAUGUGGACAGUAGCCCCGUUCAGAGCCACACAGUGAUUCAUACUGGAGAGAAGCCAUAAUGCUCUCCUUAAUGUGGCAAACGAUUCUCCCAACAUAGAAAAUAAGUCACACUGUGUUCCCCUAACAGUAGCCAUCGCAGUCAUUUAAGAACUCGCACAGAAGACAAACCUUAUCGCUGUGGUCAACGUGGUAAAGGAUUCUCACUUUGAAGUAAUGACCGCAGGGAAGCUUUAUUGUUUAACUGAGUGUGGUUAACAGUUCACACUGGAGAAUGCCGCAGGAAUAAUAAUAAUAAUAAUAAUAAUUCAUUUUAUUUAUAUAGCAACUUUUCCAUGCUCAAGGUCGAAGAUAGGAGAAGAAUGAAAGAAUGGGGGGAUGACUGAAAUGUCAUACUCCUCUAACUGCUCAGGUCUUGAUAAGUUCCUUCACCCAGAGGGCUAUGUUGUACAAGUCAUCCAAGCAAAUAUACUUUUCCAGUAUGAGAAGGGCCUAAAAAAGUCCUCCUUACUGACACACACAUCUCCCAGGAUAAAAUGGUCCCCAUGGGCGGCCUCAGUGCAGUGGUAGUGAUAUUGUGACAUCUUCAAAUGAAAGACGAAGGCCACCAACGUGGUGGCAGAUGAACAGUGUGGCAGUGGAGACCAGAAAAGUGCAACUUUAGCUCAAAUGUAAGAGAACUGGGCACAUUCCAGCAGUCGACUGAAGUUACAGAGGAGAAAGAAUUCCAGAAAAAGAUAUGCCAGGUGGGCUCACAGAAAACCAGUCCUGGCCUCCAAAUUCACUGAGGGAACUGAUGCAAACUUAAAAUCUCUAAUUGAAAUAACUUUAGUAAGAUGGCAAAUAAAUGAAGAUAAAUGAGAAUGUCAUCAAGAAACAGCAAAAGAAAUAAUAGUGAAAAAAGGCACAGUUGUAAGCCAUGAGUAUAGAACUGGCAGAGAGAAGAAGAAAAGAGGAAAACCUCAUAUAGGGUGGCAUCACUCUUUAAUUUAAUAUUGUUUUUUUUUUUU